UGGGCCGGAACUCUCUAGGCCUUUAUUUAGACGGGUAAAGGUAAGGAAGGAUCGUCUCUUCCUAAUUUGCAUGCUCGCUUAGUCGCUUUAGUCUUUUUACAGAUUCAGUACCUCUCCUGAACCCACACCGGUAGCAGCAGAAGCUACUACAAACUACAUAUACGGAGGACUCUGAGAGUUUGUUGUCCCUUCGGGGACAUCCGAUAAAAUUGGAACGAUACAGAGAAGAUUAGCAUGGCCCCUGCGCAAGGAUGACACGCACAAAUCGAGAAAUGGUCCAAAUUUUUUUUGUCCCUUUAACUUUUUGAUCGCUGCUCGGCUUCUGCUGCGUGUUUGAAGCUGUACAAUGUUUUCUUCUUGCUGAUUCUACUUCGAAAUCGGCUCUAUAAACAUCAGGAGCAAAAUUGUAUCCUUAAUGUGUUUGCUUCCACACAUUUAAGUGUGAUCCAAUGUUAGCACACCAGACUGCUAGAAAGGUUUCCAGGUGGAGAAGAUCUUGUGCCUACCGUGUGCUUGAUUAUUACACUGUGCCUGAAAUGGAACUCCAGAGUACCAAGGGUGAACCACAGAAAGAAACAUUUUCAUUUAAGCCACAUGAACAAAACAAAGUAUAUCUUAACAGGAAGGAGGGCAAGGCAGGAUCAUAUAUAUGGCAAAGACAAACAAACAGAUAUUCACUAAAUCCUGUCUUCAACCAAAAACCUGAUGUGCCUGGAGCAGCGCAUGAUUCUUUUCAUAAGUUACGCCACUGUUAUGGCACCCAAUCAUAUCCCAGCAAUGGCCUAAACAAGGUAUUGGGAUGUAUGCCUGGGAUUGUGAGAAUAGUAGAGGUGGGUCCAAGAGAUGGCUUGCAAAAUGAGAAAAAUAUCAUACCUACAAGUGUGAAGGUUGAACUAAUAAAAAUGCUUGUUUCUGCUGGGCUGUCGGUUGUGGAAGCUACAAGUUUUGUGUCGCCAAAGUGGGUACCGCAGCUUGCUGAUGCAAGGGAAGUAAUUCAAGAAAUUCAAAGUAUUGAAGGAGUGCGAUUUCCAGUAUUAACACCAAAUAUGAAAGGUUUCGAGGCUGCUGUUUCAAGUGGGGCUCAAGAAGUUGCAGUAUUUGCUGCUGCCUCUGAGUCAUUUUCUCGGUCAAAUAUAAAUUGUAGCAUUGAAGAGAGUCUCGCCAAAUAUCGUGAUAUUGCUCGCGCAGCCAAAAACCACUCCAUUCCAGUUCGUGGAUAUGUAUCAUGUGUUGUGGGCUGUCCAGUGGAAGGAUCAGUAUCUCCUUCCAAAGUUGCCUAUGUUGCUAAACAACUUCUAGAUAUGGGUUGCUUUGAAAUAUCCCUUGGUGAUACAAUUGGGGUUGGCACUCCAGGUACGGUCAUUCCAAUGCUAGAUGCUGUCUGUGAAGUUGUUCCUGUGGAGAAGCUUGCUGUCCAUUUUCAUGAUACAUAUGGCCAAGCCCUGUCUAACAUUCUUGUGUCCUUACAGAUGGGAAUCAGCACAGUGGAUUCAUCUGUAUCAGGACUAGGGGGGUGUCCAUAUGCCAAAGGUGCAUCAGGAAAUGUGGCGACUGAAGAUGUUGUGUAUAUGCUCAAUGGGAUGGGAGUGAAAACAUUUGUAGAUAUGUCAAAGCUUAUGCUUGCCGGAGAAUUCAUCUGCAAGCAUUUGGGCCGAACUUUAGGCUCUAAGGUGGCAAUUGCCCUAACCAAACGAUCCCCGUCUAUUACUUCCAAACUUUGAGGUACUUUGUGGGAGGCACCCCCUAGUGUCUCAUGUACUGGAAAUAUCAUAUCACACUCCUAGGGAAUUAAGAGAAGAAUAUGCAAUGCUUAUAAGCUAGUUGACCUCCCUUCAGAAUCUAUAUAUGGAGAUGUAUUUCUGUUUGUGGACACACCAAAUGUAAUGGGUGGCAGUACAAAAUCUUCUGUAUUUACUGAACUGGAAUUCCAUAUAUCGGAUCGGUCAUGAGUGGUUGGCUGCCGGGAGCAGGGCCAGCCCUAGAACUCCUGAAAUACAUCCUCAAGAAUGGAGGCUCAAUUCAAAUUAGUGAUAAAACCUGCUAAAAUAAAUAUUUGGAUUUUUAUUUUGCAAUUGGAUCGUCAAUAUGUAUCACAAUCCGCUAAUGUAAUUGUUGGGAUGUUUUUAAUUGGAUUCAUUUUGAUCCUAAACAGGUUAGAUAAGAUCAAAUCAGAUCAAAUUGAAAUAAAUUAUAUAUAAGCAAGCAAACAACCAGGGGUGGACUUGUGCCAGUUCAGUCCUCUUCCCCGGGAAAAAUAUAG